AUGUCAGAAUACCAGGUCGGCCGCUCAGCUGUUCUCUCCUGCAGGGCCUUACCUGUUCCUCGCUCCAGCGCUGCACAGUCUUCCCGCGCUGGCUUCUGUGACAGCCGGGUGCCCACUGCGCAUGUGCUGCGCUUUGUGAAUGAUCCGAUGUCUUCUGGGACACUUCACAAGUCCCAGAAGACUGCAUGACCAUGCACAAAGUACAGCGUGCUUUGCACAGUAUGAAACCGGAUGUGAAGCUGCAAG